ACGGUCUGCUUCGGUUUGGCGGAGUGCGAGGACUACGUGGCGGGCUGCGGCCAGGCAGGGAGCAAGGUCCCCUGGUGCGCGGAAGAGUAUUUGAAGUUCGUCGUCCAGGAGUUGCUCGAGGCGCCGUGGUACCCGAUGCUGCCGAAGGUGGUGGGGCCGCUGCAGGCGGUGAAGAGCCUCUGCGAGAAGCGUGGAGCGGAUCCCCAGAAGGUGACAGCCUUCGAGCUCGAAGGGCUGGACAUGACCGGGCGGCGAAUGUUCCGGGGCAGCAAGCUCUACCAGGACUUCUACGCGCAGCGCGUGGUGGCCAUGUUCAGGGCGAUGAAGCAGUCUGCGGUGAAGGAGAACGCGGUGCGCCUGGCUGACAUUAUGAAGUUCUUGCCGACCGUGGAAAAGUCAGGCGCGGGGGACAUGGUGAAAGAGCUGGAGGGCAUCCGCGCCUUCCUGGAGACGCCCGCUGGCAACGCCAGGAUCCAGUACUUCCUGGAGGACGGCUCUCGGAUGGAUCUGCUGGAACAGUGGUGCCCCAAAGAUGAUCAGACCCCCCUGCGUAAAUUUUACAACGCUGUGGCGGGCACCGCCUUGCUUACCGCGACAGAGUUGUUGGAGUGGGGCGCGAAGUUGGCCAGCUGCGACAUCGGGGAGAUGGGCAUCCCGUGCGGCGCCUUGAAGUUAUUGCUCUCCGAUUUCAAGAAGUUGCAGGCCGUGGCGUCGUCUGGCGGCGACUCGGCGGUUGCCGGGCUGGCGGAGGCGCGUUUUCUUGAGGCAGCCAAGGCGAGGAACGUCGUCACGGAGGAGGGGCAGGCCGCCGCAGACUGGUCCGAUGAGUGCCUGAAGGAGGACAACGCGCAGCCGUUGCAGCUGAUGGCGAAGAGCUUGGGUGCGCAGAAGGCCUUGAUGAAGCAAUUCCAGGAGGGCCCGGCGUUCUUCCCGGCCGUGUCGGCCCUGCUCUCUUUCGUGGCCGUCGGGGCGGCGAAGGCGACGGGGGAUCCCCAGGGGCCCAGCGGCGCCGCGGCCGCGCCGCUUGUCGACCCGGCGAAGGCGGCCGACGCAGCCAGCGUGCCCGCGGCGCCAGGUGCGGGGGCGGGGGCGCCCGAAGCGGCCGUUGCCGCGGGCGCGUCGGCGGCGGCCGCGCCGACGGCGUCGGACCUGGGGGCGGGGGGGCCCGCCGCCCAGGCGACGAUGCCCGAUCAGAAGCUGAAGAAGUUGGGGCCCGAUGACGUUGUCGUCAUAUCCCUUCCGUCGGCGACGACCGCGAAGGGCAGAGACGACAAGGAGAAGCUGGACGGGCAGAGCGCCCGCGUGAUCAAUGUGAACGCGAAGAAAACAAGGGUGCACAUGCUGACAGGGGACGCCAAGGGCACCGAGCGGGAUAUCGCGCGCGAGCACCUGGCGCUGAAGCCCCAGGAGACGCUGCCCGUGGCUUCGAAGACGUCGGGGGCGAUGAAG